CAUUACCUUAUAACAAUUUAUUAACAUUUGACUCUUUCACUGGCUAACAUUUUAAUAAUUGUAACUAUACAUUUGUAGGUGUCACAUAGUUCAGAAUCCGGUGGGACUCUGGCUGUUCUGGGUCUCUUCUGCAGAGCUCCCCGGUCUCCAGCAGCAGCUCUGUCUCUCCCUCCUCCUCACAGAACACUGAUGUGUGUUCUGGUCUCUGCAGGUCUGCAGUCUGAUGUGUGAUGUGUGUUCUGGUCUCUGCAGGUCUGCGGGCAUUCCGGCUGAAGACCAUCUGUAACGUCACCACUCUGAAGGAGAAGCAGAUGAAGGAGAUCCAGGCUCCGACCACCAACCUGUACCUGCCAGUCCUCUACCUGCUGGCCUUCGUUGUGGGUCUACCCACCAACCUGCUGGCUCUGUGGGUCCUAGUCUUCAGGACCCAACCACUGCCAUCGACCGCACUGCUGAUCAACCUGACGGUGGCGGACUGCCUGCUGCUGCUGGCCCUGCCGUUCCGGAUCGUGUACCACUUCAGGGGGAACCACUGGGAGCUGGGUGAGUCGUUCUGCCGCGUCGUCAUGGCCAUGUUCUAUGGAAACAUGUAUGGGUCCGUGCUGUGUCUGGCGCUGGUGGCUCUGGACCGGUACAUCGCCUUGGUCCACCCAUUUGGUGCCAAGACGCUGCGCAGCCGGCAGACAUCUCUGUACAUGACGGCGGCAGUGUGGUUGGUGGUUCUAGCCGCCAUGCUGCCGCUGCUAGUGUCGCAACAGACUUACUUUCUGGACGAGCUGCAGAUCACCACCUGCCAUGACGCACUGCCUGAGGAAGAGCAGGAGAACUACUUCCUGCCGUACUUUGCCACCUUGUUCACGCUCUGCUUCCUGCUGCCGUUUGCCGUCAUGCUGUUCUGCCACGGCGCCGUGCUGCGCACCCUGCUGGUCGAGGGUAAGCGCUACGGUCACGCCGUCAGGGUGACGGUGCUGGUCCUGCUGGUGUUCAUUGUGUGUCUGUUGCCUAGCAACAUCCUCCUCCUCCUCACCUACACAGACAGCUCGCUGGACGGAGACGGCGAGGACAUCUACGUCCCCUACAUGGUUAGCUUAGCAGUUAGCACCUUCAACAGCUGCAUCGACCCUUUCAUCUUCUACUUCGUGUCGGUGGACUUCAGGGAGAAGGCCCGAAACACUCUCUGUUGCCGUGGCAACUCAGAGGACAAACCUUCGUCUCGUGGCAACAACGUGUCGUACUCUUCAUCAUCAGGUCUGAGGUCAAAGGUCACCACUCUGACCAUGUCCAGUCAGGAUGUCUGAGAGGGCGUGAGGACUGCUGACAUCAUCAUAGCUGUCAAUCAAACACACUGAUAUGGAGGAAUUGAUCCCUGAUGAUUGAUUGAUUGAUUAUUAUGACAAAAACUGUGUUUAUUUACACAUUAAUGAAAAAAUUAAGAUGAAUUCUGUAAAUAUUUAAAGGAAAAUUCUGUAAAUUCACACAUCAGACUCUGAUAAAGUCUAUUAAGUUUUUAUUAAAAUAACAUUAAAAUGUUAAAAUGUUUCUAUCAAUGAGUUUUUAUUUUAUUGAUGUUGGACUGACUCACAUACUGGAGUACAAAACAGAACGCCAAAUUUUAUCGUAAUGGUCCUCCUGCAUCAAUCAUACAUCAAUAAUACUUUAUUUUUAUUAUCCAUGAUGACAAAGAUACAGAGAGACAGAAUUCAACCAGUACUUGAGAGAUGUGAUAGAGUAUCAGCAGGUUUCCUGUAUGUGUCCGGAUUAUGAGAUGAUUAAGACCAGAACCAGAGUUAACAUGUCCCUCCUUUCAGAAGAGCUAACUGCUACUCAACCUCUAAACCACAACCGCAGGGACCUUUGAGCUUGAUUUUGUCACAUAGUUUGUGUCAUGUGCUUGAUGUGUAGUUCCUCACUGUGACCACCAAAGGGCAGCAGACACUGACAUGUAUUCAACAUGUGUGUUUGAUAUCACAUUAACAUUAUUAUUUCUCAUUCUUUAUUAAAGAACAUGAUUCAGUUCGAUUUGAUUUGGUUUGAUUUGAUUUUGGUUUCACA